GGAUUUUUUGUUUUCCGCCGGCGAAUAAUGACCCUCAUCGUUGGUUUCCCGCACGAUGGAGCGAUCGAGACUCCACUAUAUUUCCCUCUUCUAACAUCAGAUUUCCAGACAGUCGAGUCUCUGUCUUUGCAUUGAGGACAACGCCCAAAGGGGUGAGUAUGAGUUGAUUUCGACUGGUUAAGUCUCAUAAUUUCCCUUUUGAUAUUGAUCUCUACUUCUCUUUUCAUGUUUAAUUAGUCUGAUUCCUUUAAUGGCGGCUGAUUAUGCGUUAAUUUUGCUGGCCUCCAUUAAGUAUGUUUAAUUUAGUCGAUUUGAUGUCUAAUGUUUGGAGAAAUAAAUGAAAUUGAAUUUUAGUUUCUGUCCAAUGAUGAAAUUUCAAUUUUAGUUUCUGAUCGUGAAUGGUCUCUUUUUUCUUCCAUACUGAUCCUGUUAGAAGAUAGUGAUCAUCCAGUGAUAAAAUUCCUUUUAUGUACUGUGUUAUGUUCCCAAUUGCAAGCUGACUUGAAACCCAUAUCAGAACUAUGGGAUUCUGGUGUGGGGUUCAUAUGGCCUUGGCUGGUCACCAUGUCUCCCAGUUGCAAUCCUGUAGCAUGGGUGGGGGAUGCUGGAAUGACAGUGGAGCAUGUUUGGAUUUUGUAAGCUACCCAUGGUUGUCAUAUUGUUUCUUCAUUCUUAAUUUGAGCUCUAAGAACUACAGUUAUAUUAAUUGAAUAAUUAUAGUUCAGUGAUAUCAUACUGUAAGGUGUUCUUCCACGGCUUAUUUCGUAAUCUUUCAGUAUUUGAUAGUCCUCCUUAGUCCUUAUGGUUUAGUGUUUAAGUUCCAGUUUGGAACAUGAGAUUAUUUCUUGACACAGACAGACACCCUGUGUCAAGGAGUCAGAGACUAAACUUCACUAACAGAAAAUGAAAGUGUAGGAAGAGUAGAAGUUACCCCAAGAAUUAUGAAAAUGUUUGGACUCUUUGUGUUAUAUCUUUAUGAUUGAUUGUUAAACUCUUUAUGCUUUUGACUUAACUCUUGAUACUAACAUUAGAAAUGUUACAAUACUAUUCUCUCAGUUAUACUACAAAGAAUUUAUGAAGCCCAAAGUUAUUUCUAUUCUGUAUUUUACCCUUGGGUUUAAUCCUACUCAGGCCAACAUUGACUACAUAUUGUUUGGCAUUUGGCUGUAUGAAUGUUUAAUUAAGCAGUAAAAAGUAUAAAACUAUGUACAGUUCUUUAGAUUUACCUUCUUUUGGAAGACUAUCUUUUACCGCAAAUCCAUUCCAAAAAAGUUAUAACUGUGUCAGUUCCACACUUCCACUGACAUGCAAAGCCAAUGAGGUUUUUGGUAAUUCAACUUCACCUUCAGGAAUAAUUUAUUCCAUUAAAAUAUAUUUAUGCAAAAAAAAAAAAACCUCAGUAUUAUUAUUGCUUUAGCCUUGAUAGUAAUGGAUGCAACAUAAUAUAAUGUUCAAAAUACAGAACUUGACUCAUGGAUGCUCAACCAGAAAAUGCUUGUUUCUUGGCUUUUGGGGAAAAUAAUACGAAGCUCCAUCUAUACUAGGUAUUUGUUUAUACCCAAUGGUAGCAGAACCAUUUGCUCUUAAUUUGAAUUCAACCUGUUUACAAGAAACUUAAUCCCGGUUGAGAUAAGCUGUCAGUUGAGUUGGAUUCAUGAGUGGGAACAUUAUAUAUCUUGAGAAAUUAAAAAAGAAAGAAAACCCUGCACC